AUGGUGGCGUUUUUGGUGGCUGGCUUUGAAUCAACAUCAUCAGCGUUAGCCUGGUUUAUUCAUUGGAUGAGUAAACAUCCGCGAGUGCAACAAAAGAUCAAGACAGAACUGUUGGGCGAUGGUAGUGUGCAGCAUUUGUCACUGGAUCGUCUCGAUUCUCUGGUCUACUUGGAUUGUGUGAUCAACGAAGUUCUCCGACUUAUUCCACCAGCUACCGGCACGAUUCGUACACUAACUCUAGAUGAUCGCCUUCCAGAGAGUGGUGCUCAAUUGUUCAAAGGCGAUUCAGUGAUGAUUCCAUUUUCUAAUCUCGCGCAUGACACUCGCUAUUGGUCAGUUGAUCCGGAAAUAUUUUACCCUGAAAGAUUUCUAGAUGAAGACAAGAAUCAUCAUCCAUAUGCAUUCAUCCCAUUCGGUGGUGGUCAUCGCCAAUGUAUCGGACAAGAUCUCGCUCGGUUUGAGCUGAAGAUGAUUGCCGCUAGAUUGAUGCAAAAGGUCACAUUCGGCGAUGGUGGUCCUCAAGUCAAUGCUGGUGGACAUUCAAUAAGACUUGCCAUCAUACCUAAACAUGUCGGAGUGACCAUUGAUUUCGCUAAAUAA